GGGAAGAUGACGUCACCUACCGGUACGUGCUGAGGGACGGGCCUGAUUUGCGGAGGACCGGAAGGAAACCACCGUUUUACGAGAGUGGGGGAAUUUUUGUGCGUGGGAAAUACACGUGUACUGAAUCUGGUCUCUGCAGCUUAAUGUUUUCAUGAUGGAAGAAUGGAUGCAGACAGUAAUCCUAGUCGAAGACCUUUGAUAAGAGGAAUCCCUUACAAGCUGCAAAGUCCAAAGGUGCCAGAAGAAUCUCUUCUAGAUGAAAACUAUUUUAUGAACUCAGAGGUUCUGGCAGGAAUUCCUGUUGUUGGAAACGAAGAUGAGCAUAAUUACUUGUUGAAGGGCACCACUUCCUCAGCACUGCACUCCCAGCGGAGCAUGGAAGAGGAGAGGACACGCACUGAACACAGCAUAGAAGGAGAGAGAGAAACUAACAUCAGCAACUUUAGGCUGACCGAUAUUCUCCCCCAACUGAGCAAGGACUCCAUGAUUCAAACAAUCAGAAAGGACUUUAACCUGGCGAGGGAGCGUGAAAUUCAGGAGUCUUACUUACCCAAGGAGCAGGUGCGGGAAGGAGUUUUCCAGGACAAUUACUCCAGAGAAACAGAGUCAAGAUUAAAAGGGAGCUUUGGGACCAAGACCGGUCAAAUGGAGGAUUCACCGCGGUCACAGUUGGUGGCGCAGGCCCCUGAUAGCAGUUUCAGGGAGUCUGGUUAUGCUUACAGCAGCAAGUCACCAAUGGGGGAGAGCCUUGGUAACUCUUAUAAUUCUGGUGUCCGGAUAAAGGAGGAACCAAUGGAUGAAGAUUAUGACAGAGCUUUAGCGCCUCCUCCUAGCUUUGUGGAUAAAAUUAAGGAUGAGCCAGAUAACACAGAGGAAUAUUCCCAGCAGCCAAAAACAUCUGAUGGGGAGUUGAAAAUCAGUGCAGUGUUUUCUGUCAGCGGUAGCCCCCUGGCCCCACAACUCUCCAGCGGCUUGCAAGCACCAAUCAGCUCUCCAGCAGCCACAAAGUCCCUCCCUGCAGUCCCUGCUGUCCCCACAACAGCUGUCAGAGUAUCUUGUUCAGGCUGUAAAAAGACUUUGCAGAAAGGACAGACCGCAUACCAGCGGAAAGGGUCUACACAACUAUUCUGUUCCACCCUCUGCCUUACUGGCUACACCGUGCCUCCGCCAAGACCCAUUCAGCCACCUGCGCGGAGGACCUGCUCAAGUUGCUCAAUAUACAUUUCAGAUCCCAAGGAUGUCAUCACAGCCCAGUUUGACAAUCCUAGUGGCAGCAAGGAUUUUUGCAGCCAGUCCUGCCUUUCAGCUUAUGAACUCAAACGGAAACCUAUUGUUACCAUCCAUACAAAUAGCAUUUCCACAAGGUGCAGUGUGUGUCUGAAGAAUGCGGUGAUCCGACAUGAGGUGAACUACCAGAAUGUGGUCCAUAAGCUUUGUAGUGAUACCUGUUUUUCUAAAUUCCGAUCUGCUAAUAACUUAACUAUGAACUGCUGUGAAAAUUGUGGAGGAUACUGCUAUAGUGGCUCAGGUCAAUGCCACCUCUUGAACAUUGAUGGACAAUGCAAGAAGUUCUGCAGUUCUACAUGUGUCACUGGUUUCAAACAGAAAUCCGCUAAGAUCACACCCUGUGCCCUGUGCAAAACGUUCCGUUCUUCAGCAGAAAUGAUAGAGAACACAAACAGCAUGGGCCGCACAGAAUUAUAUUGUUCUGUCAACUGCUUGUCUGCCUAUAGGGUACAGAUGGUCACUUCUUCGGGUGUACAGGUUCAGUGUAACAGCUGCAAGACUCUGGCUGUGCCCCAGUAUCACUUGGCAAUGUCUGAUGGGAGCAUCCGCAAUUUUUGCAGUUACAACUGUGUGGUUUCAUUCCAGAACCUCUUCAACAAGCCAACUGGUAUGAACGCCUCUGUAGUCCCACUGUCCCAGGGCCAAGUUAUCGUGAGUGUAUCAGCAGGAGCAACAACUCAAGCUGGGAACACCACUCCAUCUGUAGUGUCCGCAUCAUCCACCUCCUCAUCGUCAUCUGUUAGCAAUUCUGCAGCUGUUGGCUUACAGAGGUUGGCAGCACAAUCACAAUCCCAGACACCUUCACAACAGCCGCCUCUUCCGCAACAGCAGCAAGGCUCCUUCUCGCGAGCCGCGGUGAAGCUAAGGUGCCAGCAUUGCAAUCGGCAGUAUGCCACCAAACCAGAACUUCUAGAUUUCAAGGGUAAAAUGUACCAGUUUUGUGGAAAAACUUGCUGUGAUGAGUACAAGAAAAUCAACAUGGUUUUGGCGAUGUGCGAGUACUGCAAGAUAGACAAGAUUGUUAAGGAGUCUGUUCGCAUCUCUGGUUUAGACAAGAUGUUUUGCAGUGAAGGUUGCAAGCUUCUUUACAAGCAUGACCUGGCAAAGAAGUGGGGGAACCACUGUAAAAUGUGCAGUUACUGCUACCAAACCUCUCCUAAGCUGGUUCGGAAUCAUUUUGGGGGAAGGUUAGAGGAAUUCUGUGGGGAGGAAUGCAUGUCCAAAUUCACAGUUUUGUUCUACCAGAUGGGAAAGUGUGACAGUUGUAAGCGGCAAGGCAAGCUGAAUGAGUCUCUGAAAUGGCGAGGAGAAGUGAAACAUUUUUGCAACUUGCUCUGUGCCCUUGUCUUCUGCAACCAGCAGUGUGCAUCAGAACCCACUACACUUAUUAACUCAGCCAAUGUUCCCAUGGUGCAGGCAAUCCCGGCAUCAACAUGCUCCUCUGGGGCAAAGGAUUCCACUCCAGUCAUUGCCAAUGUAGUAUCACUAGCAAGUGCUCCUGCUACCCAACCCACCGCUAACUCUACCAACGUUUUGCAGGGAGCUGUACCAACCUUGACUCCAAAAAUCAUUGGGGAUGCAAGUACACAGACAGAUGCCCUGAAGCUCCCUUCCUCUCAGCCUCCUCGGCUUCUCAAGAACAAGGCCCUGCUUUGCAAGCCCAUAACACAAACAAAGGCCACCUCGUGCAAACCUCACACACAGCACAAGGAGUGUCAGACAGAAUGUGAUGGGCAGCCACGGGUCAUUGUGCUUCCAGUACCCGUGCCAGUCUUUAUUCCUGUGCCCAUGCACCUCUACACCCAGUUUGCCCCUGUUCCAUUAAGCUUUCCACUACCUGUGCCCGUCCCCAUGUUUAUCCCCACAACGCUGGAUAAUGCUGACAAAAUUGUAGAUGUCAUUGCGGAUUUAAAGGAAAAAGUCCCCGCUGACCCUUUUGAGGCAGACAUCCUUCAGAUGGCAGAAAUGAUUGCAGAGGAUGAAGAGAAGGAGAAAACGUUAUCACAUGGAGAUCAAGGAAGUACGUACAGUGGAGACUUGGAAUCUGAGGCAGUGUCUACACCACAUAGCUGGGAGGAUGAAUUAAACCACUACACUCUGAGGUCCAACAAUGUUCCAGAGCCUGACACAGAGCUACGGCAGCUUUCCAGAGUGGGAACAGAGCAAGACCUUGAAGCAGAUUUCCCAACAGAAGCAUUUGACCCAUUAAGUAAGGGCUCUACUCUAUUUGGACGCUCACGGGGCAGGCGAAAACACAGGGAUGGUUUUCCACAGCCUAAAAGACGGGGCCGGAAGAAGUCUGUUGUGUCUGUGGAGCCACGGAACCUCAUGCAAGGAACCUACCCAGGGUGCUCAGCUUUGGGCUCUACACUGAAAUACAUAUAUGGGGUUAAUGCUUGGAAGAAUUGGGUGCGAUGGAAAAAUGCACAAGAAGAUCCAGAAGACAUAAAGUUUGGGGUCCGGCCUGUAAAGCUAAAAGAAGACAUCUUAUCUUGCUCCUUUGCUGAACUCAGCUAUGGACUGUGUCAGUUCAUUCAAGAGGUACGCCGGCCGAAUGGCGAGAAGUACAGCGCUGACAGCAUAUUGUAUCUGUGCCUUGGCGUCCAACAGUACCUGUUUGAGAAUGGAAGGAUAGACAGCAUCUUUACAGAACCCUAUUCAAGAUUUAUGGUGGAACUUACAAAGCUGCUGAAGAACUGGCACCCACCAGUAUUGGCUAAUGGUUACAUGUUUUCAAGGAUAGAAGAGGAACACUUAUGGGAAUGCAAACAACUGGGGGCCUACUCACCUACUGUCCUUCUAAAUACCCUCCUCUUUUUCACCACCAAAUACUUCCAGUUGAAGACUGUGAGUGAGCACCAGCAACUUUCUUUUGCCUAUGUUAUGAGGCGUACAAAGACGAUGAAGUACAAUACGAAGACCACCUUUCUUCGCUUCAUCCCACCAUACCAUAAGCCAGAGCUGGAGCCUGAUAAACUGUCAUUGGGGAAGCGGAAGCGAGGGGAGGACGAAGAUGGACAGUUUGUAAUGGAGAUGGCAGAGAAUACAGACAACCCACUCAGGUGCCCAGUAAGGCUUUAUGAAUUCUACCUUUCUAAAUGCAGUUCUGAAAGUGUGAAGCAGCGGAGUGACGUUUUCUACUUGCAACCAGAGCGUUCCUGUGUCCCUAACAGUCCGAUGUGGUUUUCCAAUAUGCCUAUUGACCCUGGCACGUUGGACAGCAUGUUGACCCGCAUCUUAAUGGUCCGAGAGGUUCACGAGGAGCUGACCAAAGCAAAAGAGGACUCAGAUGUGGAAUUGUCUGAUUAAGUGCACGUCAGAUUCUCCCAAUAUUUCUCUUUGAACCUCCAGACAACUCCUCUUCACAAAGCGGGGCAAGCACUAAACUGUGAAUGCAACGACUUUUUCCCCAUUUAAGCCCAUCCACUACUUUUCCUGAUUCCUCCUGUAUCCCUUUGUGUAUAGAAAUUCUCCCCCGCUGGAUCUGAGUGGGAGAAGGGACAUUGAAGUCCUGUGAAUCUUAGCUGUCAGAAAUUAGGCACAGCUACAAACAAAGUGACUCUAUAAAUCCCCAGAGGAUGGUACACCUGAGUCCAGGUGCUAGACCCAUAUUAUGAACUGUAAUAGCUUUUUAACUGGACCUUAAGGGAGGUGGUUUUUAACCCUUUUGUUGCCAAAUGUUUUGUGAUGCAGAGAAGGGGGUGAGGGGCAGCAGAAUGGGUUAAGAAAGAUAGAUUACCUUCUAUAUUAGUGUUCAUUGACACUGUACAUGGGGGGCCCAUUAAAGGCACCACCAUAAUUUGUUAUCCUGCACAGAGUUUAUAAGUCUAUAUAAACUGUUAAAAACCAAUAUGGACCCUUUUGUGGGUGUUUCAGUAGCAAACCACAUGCUCUUGUCUCUGCCAUAACAUUACCCAGUUCUUGUGAUGGCAGCAAGCCAUGCAAUAGCAUUCCCCACAAACUUACACAGCUUUCCCUGCACUUCUAAACUGGAUCUACAGAACACAAUAGAGUUGUAUCCACAGAAACAUGGGAGGGUCACAUUCUGGAACUACUAAAAGUAUACAUGACUUCAUUGCCCAGAAUCAUGACUUGUAUAUUGUUGAAACAGCACAGUCCUCAUUGCUGCUAUAAAAAUACAGGGUUAGGAAGGCCUCCUGGCAAAGUAUACUUUCCCUAUUCAUUUAAGAUGAAAUCACGAAAUUUGGCAUUCUGUUACAUUUAUAACAUGACAGAUUUUUAUGUUGUUUACACCACUGAUUCUCAGUGACAGGAAGAAUAAGUAAUUCAGUGAUUGCCUAUGUUUUCCCCCUAGAUUUAAAUUAUUUGACCCAGCAGAUAAAUAAGCUUCUAAAAAAACAAAAGAGAAUUGGGAGUGUCAUUAAGAUGUUACAUGUGCAUAAACAUGAACCAGUAAAAAUGUUGUCCACUAAUGACAGUGCUGUGUAUAAAAUAUUCUGGUCUAUGAAAGCCCUCCCUAUUCUGAUAUAAGGUUUGUUUGGGCAGAGAGUUGUGGGGUUUUUUUGUUUGUUUUUUUAAGCUAGCAUGAAGAGCUCCUGAAAUAUAAGAAAAGUCAGAUUAGUAUAAUUAACCUUUAAACUAAGGAUGAGAUCUUCAUCCACUGAAAAUAUUAUAAAACUUUAGAAAGGGCACCAGUUUUACUUUACCAAAACAUACCACUGGCAUUAGUGCCAACGAUCCAGUCACUUUGUGACUUAACAUAUAAUUCCAUUAGAAAUUAAAAGAACACUAUAGCGUUGGUAAUACAAAUGUGUAUUCCUAAGUCUAUCAUUUUAAUCUAGCUAUGGUAGUGUCCCCCCGCCUUGUCAGUACUCAAAGGUGAACUUUAUGCUAGUUACUGUCUUGCUGGUACACCUCUUUGACUGAGAUCAUUAAUGAUCUCAGUCAAACCAAUGCUGUCCCCUAGGAAAGCAUUGGGAGGCUAGUGCGCUUGCACGGCAAAACACAGCGCUGCGCUAUUCAGAUGGUUUCUAUGAGACCAUCGGAUUGAAAUUUGAAAUAGUCGAGUUGCAUUUGGCUAUUUCUGCAGAAACACCUCUAGUGGCUGUCAGUAUGACUGCCACUGGAGGCAUAUAAACCCUGUAAUGUAAGCAUUGCUGUUUCUGUAGAAUGGCAAUGUUUUCACUUGCAGUGUUCAAAUGUUUGAUAAACAUUGGACUACUAACGGUCUGUAAAAAUAUAUAAUUGAGCAAGGCAAAUCCUGAUUCUCCCAGUUUUCUGUUAAAAUAGAAAGAUCACAUAUUUCUGAAGAAAUGCAUUUUUUUUUAAGAAUGUAAACAAAAAUGAAAAAAUUAAACCAUUCUUUAGUGUGGGGGAAAAAAAAAAGAAUGGCCUGUCCAAGAGAUAAUUUUCUCCACCAGGAUAGAGCUUGGUGGUGAAGUUUCAAAUGGUUAUUCAGUGAAUCCUCAUUUCUUUGUAAUUCAUUAUUCUCUUUUUGACCAAAUGAGAAGGCUUCAGUUUGCAGUGCAAUAUGUUGCUUAGUUAUUUGGUUGUGAAAGGGGUUUCAAAAUACGUCGUCCCCCUCCUUUUAUGUCUUUCAUUGUUUCUUUUUUUUUUUCUUCUUUUUUUUUGUUUUGUUAUUUUAGCAGGUAACAGUUAAAUAUAAGACAAAGUAGUCCAUACCGGUUUUUGUGUACCUGUUAGUUCUUAUCUUGCUUGUACAAUAAAUCACCAGUUGUGUUUUUAAUGCACCAAGCUGUGUGUGGGUGAAGUAAAAAAUUAAAAUACUG